GAGUUUCUCCGCUCUGUAUCUCUCUUGCGCGUUUUCUGGCGUUCCGUGUGCAUGUGUAUUGUGUAUAUAUAUAAAAAUAUAUAUAUAAAUAUAUGUAUAUUCGUAUGUGUAAUACAUAUAUAUAGAUACAUAUGUAUAGAUAUAUAUAUAUAUAAAUAUUUAUAUUUAUAUGUAUAUGUACAUAUACAUGUGUUACUACUUACGCGUGUGGUGAGUACUGCGGAGCGUGCUCGUAUUCACAAGAGAACAAGUGUGCUGUUUGUUGUUGUUGGUUGUUAUUGUUCUGUUACUGCCGACCGAUUCUCCUCCAUGGUUAUCGAUCGACUCUCGAUCGCAACUGCGUCUCGACAUCUCGAAGGGGAGCAUCCGGGUGAUUGUACGACGACCACGUUGACUCGGAUCAUCCAUUCGAGCGGACAGUGACGCGGAAACGUAUUCCCUAGCGAGUUCCCGCGGUGAAAUCUCGCCAGCAUCGGACGAGGCGGAAAUAAAGAAUCGCGGUGAAGGGCGGAAAGAGCACGGCAGAAGGACAGACGAACAGGCGGAGGGAGGGAAGAAAGUUAAUAAAACGAGGACGAGGAGGUGGGACCCGCGAAUUGAAUAUCCCUGUCGGGGUAAAAGAGACAGAGCGACAAAGCGACGAGGGCGGCGCGGCUGGCCAUAGAGGAGGAGAAGGAGAGGCUGUGUAUCGCGGCAGUGGAUCGCGCGACGUGGCAUGACCCUAACGAGAAGAAGGCGGAGGAGAGGAGGAAAAAGCACCGCGGGCCGCGCGACCGGCAGGAUUUAAUAUUCAGCGCGAGUGGAUCGAUCGCCGUGUCGCUGGUACAGCCGGAGAUCGCGAGGACAGUAGGCGCGCGGAGCUAGCCGGCGAGCCGCUCGAUGGCGUCGCCUGACCAAUCGGCUCGUCGUCUUUCCCUGGCCAAGCCGAAUUCGUCAAGCUUGCAAGCUCUCCUGCUCUCUCUCCCUCUGUCUCGGCCCUAGGAACCUUGUACUGCGGAUCAGAACCCGGGAGAACAUGUCCGAGCCAGAAGAAAGGGACCGGUGAUCGUUGCUCGGAAUCCUCUAAAUCAUCCCUCACAGUGAAAGCGGAAGAAGCUUGAACAAGAAACAUACGAGAGACAAAGUGAACCAGUGCAUAUUCCCCAGGUUCCUGCGAAGGACCGUAAAAGCUCGUCGAUCUUCGAGAUACACGAGGAUGAGUGAGGAGUCGGAGUACCCGGCUAGACACUAAAAGACGCUCAGAGGAGUUGUCCUACAUUGCUCUACCGAAAGGAGAAUACCAGAGGAAUCCUAGGGGUUCCAAGAGGAAUCGUCGUUGUCGGUGAUCGGUACAGAGACACCACACGGUUAUUGUCCUGACGAGAGCACGCGGGGGAGAAAUCUCUCGUCCCCGAGGAACGCAAGAAUGAAGUCAGCGCAGUGCUCGCGCAAGCUUGGCAGUGUGUCGCCCUCGGAUGAUCCGGCCGCAACAGAGGCUGGUACACGUGGCUCAGACCUCAUUGCUCCUAGGAUCGUCACGUUGUCCGCUGUGGCAGGCACCGGCCACGCUACCUGCCACUGCCAUUGCCCGGCAGGUCGUGGCACCCUGGACCCGUCCCGUUUACCCUCUUCCCUUUCGUCGUCAACGACGACACCCGGCAGCGACAACAGCUGCGACAACAGCUGCGACCUCUGCGAACGUCUACGCUGCGAUCCGCUGCCCGACAGGACCACCAACUCCGCCGUGGACUGCGAGUCCCGACGCCGCGACAUCAUGACCCUGUCCAGGACGUUCGAGCACGACAGGUUUCAUCGGGCCGCGCGUUUUUUAGCCGCGGACCCCGCCGGCCGCAGCGGUUCCAGCGACGUGCGGUGGAGCUCGCGGACGGGAACACCGUUCUGGUGGAUCAGUCAGAGUCGGACGCUGGCCUGGACCGUUCUGUUCCUAUUGCUACUCGUGUUCCCCGCGCUGGCGGAUCAUCCCAGCGGAACGUCAAGGAGUUCAUCCAAAGAAGACGGAGUGUGCCAAAGCAUAGACAUUAGGAACAGCGUGAGCCAGUUCUCGAAACUGAAGGGUUGCCGAUUAGUUGAAGGGGUGGUACAGAUUCUACUGAUCGACAACGCCGAGCCGGCGGAGUACGCAAACAUCUCUUUCCCGGAGCUGAGGGAGAUCACCGGAUAUUUGUUGUUAUACAGGGUGAAAGGGCUGCGUAGCAUCGGUCGGCUGUUCCCGAACCUGACAGUGAUCCGCGGCCAUUCCCUUCUAUUCAACUAUGCCCUGGUCGCGUUCGAGAUGAUGAGCCUGCAGGAGAUCGGCCUGCACAGCCUGACCACGAUCGUCAGGGGCUCCGUGAGGUUCGAGAAGAAUCCGGCGCUCUGCUACGUGGAUACUAUUGACUGGGACUUGAUCGCCAAGGCGGGCAAGGGGGAGCACGUGAUCUCGGGAAACAAUCCGAAGAACGGCUGCCCGGUGUGCGAGAAGCAUUGCCCCCUAGGACAGACCAAAUCGGAAAGGGAGACUUUGUGUUGGAACCAGCAACACUGCCAACAAAUUUGCGACCGCAAGUGCGAGAACAACGCGUGCGACCACACGGGCCAGUGCUGUCACCCGUCGUGCAUGGGCAGGUGCACCGGGAGCACAGCGCGCGACUGCAUGGUGUGUAAGGACGUGAGGACCGCGGACAACGAGUGCAGGGACCGUUGCCCGAACGGCACCCUCGAGUUCAUGAACUACCGGUGCAUCACCGAGGAGAAGUGCCGGCGCAUGGAGAAACCUCUCGAGGCGUACAACGUGAAGGAGUUCCCGUACAAGCCGUUCAACGGUAGUUGCGUGAUCGAGUGUCCGCCAGAUUACAUGGAGGAAGAGGUGAACGGCAAGACGUCGUGCAAGAAAUGCGAGGGACCCUGCCAGAAGGAGUGCUCCAGCAGGAUGGUGGACAGCAUAGCGUCUGCCCAGAAGCUUCGCGGGUGCACGCGGAUAACAGGCAGCCUGGAGAUCCAAAUCCGCGGGGGCAAGAAUAUCGUGAAGGAGCUGGAGGACAACCUGAGCACGAUAGAGGAGAUCAACGGCUACCUCAAGAUCGUGCGCAGCUUCCCCCUAAUAUCGUUGAACUUCCUGAAGAAACUGAGGCUGAUAGGUGGCAACGUGGACGAGAGCACCAAAUACUCGCUGCAGGUGAUGGACAACCAGAACCUGCAGGAACUAUGGGACUGGAGUACCCACGGGGACCUGAAGAUCCUGUAUAAAGGCCAGCCCGGCCGGGUGUUUUUCCACAUGAACCCGAAGCUGUGCCUGUACAAGAUCGAGACCCUCCGCGAGAAGGCCGGGCUGAAUCCAUUCACGGACUACGAGGUAGCGCCGAACAGCAACGGCGACAAGAUGGCAUGCAACGUGACCGAGCUGAAAACUCGGGUAGGCAACUACUCGCCUCGGGGCGCGGUGAUCGAGUGGGAGCCGUUCAUCCAUCACGACGCCAGGUCGCUGCUAAGCUACGUGGUUUACUUCAUCGAGGCGCCGAACAGGAAUGUCACGAUGUACGACGGUAGGGACGCGUGCGGCGGUGACGGUUGGAAGGUCGACGACGUGUCCGUGAACAAGAACGACAGCAAGAAGAAGGUCCACUCGCAUUACUUAUCUCAGUUGAAACCGUACACGCAGUACGCGUACUACGUGAAGACGUACACUAUCGCGACCGAGAGAUCCGGUGGGCAGAGCAAAGUGACGUACUUCAGGACGUUGCCGGAGGCUCCCAGCGUCCCUAGGAACUUCAAGAUCUGGAGAACCAAUAGCAACGACCUGUAUAUGUCUUGGAUGCCGCCGUUGCACAAGAACGGGAACUUGACGCACUACCGCAUCUUUGGACGAUGGGAACCAGAUGAUCCGAACUUCAUUGAUCAGCGAAACUACUGCUACGAACCAAUGCUGUUGACUGAUAAGAAGGCGAUCUCGGUGGAAGAGGAGGAGAAGAAGCGGAUGGAGGAAGAGAAGGAGCGGACGAUCGCAAUGGAGACGACCACCUGCGAGUGCGUGGAUCGCGAGAAUGAUCAGUCGCUUCGGGAGAAGGAAGCCUCGAGCUCGAUCGCGUUCGAGGACGCUCUGCACAACCAGGUGUACGUGAAGAGAAAAACGAGAAGGAAACGCGAUGUCGGCGAUACACCUUUCAACGGGCAAGAGUCUGAACAGGUCUUCGCAGACAAAAAGGUGAACAAUAGCUACAUAGUGUUUGAGCGGCAGGUGCCGAGCACAAAUCACACGUUCGUGAUGGAGAACCUGCGACACUACGCCGUCUACAGCAUCGAGGUGCAGGCGUGCAGGGCCCAGGAAAUGAACGACACGUUCAGGAAGUGCUCCACCAAGAGUAUGAGGACCGUCCGAACUCAGCCACUGGAGGGUGCCGACAACAUACCGCCGGAAUCCUUCAAGGCGAGCAAGUCCAGCGAGAACAACAGCCUCACGGUCGUCACGCUACAGUGGGACGAGCCGCCGCAACCAAACGGUCUGAUCGUUACCUAUCAGAUCGAGUAUAAGAGGGUGGACAUACAAAACUACAAACCGAUGGUGAUCUGUAUCACUCGGCGUAACUUCACCAAAGAAGGAAAAUCGUACGUGUUGAGAGGGCUGCACGCAGGCAAUUACUCGGUGAAGGUUCGCGCGACGAGUCUCGCUGGGAUCGGAGACUGCACGGAAGUAAAGUACUUCUACAUCGAGGAACGUAACACCCUGAACUCGUUCUGGGUGAUAUUCUGGCUGAUGUUGUGCAUGACAAUGCUGCUGCUGGUAGCAUUGUUCUUGUACUACGUCUACAAGAGGAAGUUCAUGAGGAACGCGGCCAGCUCGACUCUGAUCGCGACCGUGAACCCGCAAUACGUGAGCAUGCCGUAUGUACUGGACGAGUGGGAGGUACCCAGGGAGAAGAUCGAGAUGGUUAAGCCGCUGGGGAAUGGCUACUUCGGCAUGGUCUACGAGGGUAUAGCCAAGGACAUCGUGAAGGGGAAGCCGGUGGUCCGGUGCGCCGUCAAAACUGUGAACAAGGUGGCCACUGAUCGGGAACGGAUCGAAUUCCUCAACGAGGCAUCCGUUAUGAAGGGUUUCGAUGCUCAUCACGUGGUGAAGUUGCUAGGCGUGGUGACCAGCGGCCAACCGACGCUGGUGAUCAUGGAGCUGAUGGCGAACGGUGACUUGAAGAAAUACCUGAGGAGCCACAGGCCGGACGGCUGCGACGAGGCGAACCCGCAACCGGGGCCGGAGCGGAUACUUCAGAUGGCGAUCGAGAUCGCGGACGGCAUGGCGUAUUUGGCCACGAAGAAGUUCGUGCACAGGGACCUGGCUUGCCGAAACUGCAUGGUCGCCGAGGAUCUUACCGUCAAAGUGGGAGACUUCGGGAUGACUAGGGACAUAUAUGAAAGGGACUACUACAGGAAGGGUAGCAAAGGUCUGCUACCAGUCAGAUGGAUGGCGCCAGAAAGCUUGAAGGAUGGCGUAUUCAGCAGCUUCUCCGAUGUCUGGAGCUACGGCGUGGUGUUGUGGGAGAUGGUGACUUUCGCGUCCCAGCCUUAUCAAGGUUUAUCGAACGACCAGGUUCUGCGGUAUGUUAUCGACGGAAGAGUGAUGGAGCCGCCGGAGAACUGUCCGGAGUUGCUGUAUGAUCUGAUGAAACGGACCUGGAGGCACAAGGCGACCAAACGACCCACGUUCAUGGACAUCGUCGCGACGUUGCUAGACCAUACUGACAAGAAGAGCUUCCAACAAGUCAGCUUCUAUCAUAGCGCCGAGGGGAUCGAAGCACGCAAUCAGAACAAGUCGAACUCCUCGCAGUCCGACGAACACUUGGAACUCUCGAACCUGCAAGACAUGCAGGAGGAAGAGGCGGAGGGUGAGGAGGACUCGCCGUUGCGCCAGGACUUCGGCGACUUUGAGAGCUUCGAACCCGGCAGCAUCAGCAAGAACAGCUUCAGCCCCCGCUACAGGCUGGACUCGUAUGGCGGGACGUGCAAUUGCAGGAACAUGAACUCGUCGAGCAUACCGUUGAAGGCAGGCUUCGACGACUUUGACGGUGUGUCCGCGGACUCGGUCGCCUCCGGCAAGGACACGCUGAACCUGCCGUUCGUCGAGGACAGCCUGAAGUCGGUGAAGAGCUCGCCGUUCAUGAACGCGAAAAGCGCGUCCAGGAGUAACCUGAGUCAAUUGUCAGUCGGCAACAAGUCGGUCAGCCCGAGGAACACCGGGAAAAGGAGCUAUCUGGGCAGCCCGAACUCGUCGAAGCUGGCCAACAAUCCGGACUACGAGAACGGCAGCCCGGAGAUCCUCAACGCGGCCGAGAAGAGGGAGAUGGUGCCGUUGCGAGUCGACUUCCCGCCGAUCGAUGCUGUGGACGUUGAAGCAGCCAUCGACAAGAAGGACAACGCGGCGCAGGCUGCGGAGUACGUGAACAAACCGGAGACCCUGAACAAUGGGUACAUAGGCAGCACGACGACGUAGUCUUAACGCGUUCGCGGCUCGUGUUCGUCGCGGUUUACGCUCCUCCGGUCAGCCGACUCCAUCCUCGUUGGAAUAUCGCUGCCGACCGUCGCUCGCCGGCGGAACGUGAACGCACGAACGUGGAGCGGCGAAUGCGUCAAGCACAGAGCGAUCCGGGAGAGUCUGGUGCGGACUCGUUCAGGGUACACCGCGAUCGAGCGAGGGCAGUGUCUGCGCGAUAGCGCGCGACAAUGAUCAGACGCGGGCUUCCUCGAGCGACGCGUACCGAGACCGGACAUGCUGGAAAGUGCGAUUCGGACUGCUGGUGUUGUUCUACUCGUAAGUUCGUAUUUUAAGGAUUCGAUCGGACGCGCGCGUACCGUGGCCACCCUUGACCGACGCGGAAUGUUGAUAGAGAGGAAUGGUCGCUAAACUGUUCCUUCGAGACUGGACUCUGAGGUUCUCUGACAUUCGACCGAGGGUUGCUGACACUGAGGUAACAAUUUUGUCCCCUAAGUUGAUGUUUCCGGUACGUGGACAAUAAUAUAGGAGAGAGCGGAAGUCUGUGGAAAGUUUCUUUCUUAGUCAUUUCUUGAGGUUUGUAAGUGCACCGGGAUCAGGUGUCUACUAUGGUUUAUUUUAUUCAACCGACAUAUUUAGUAGUCAAUAGAAUCGUCGUCGUCUAAAACUUGCAACGGAAACUCUCGUUAGUAGACUGCCGAUCUUUGAGCAGUUGUUGCAUACUGCAAUGCUCAAAUCACAAUAGACGCGUUAUUCGAUUUAAAUGCCUAAUAGUAAAGGGUCGUUCUCAAAAUCCAAGGAUUAACAUAAAGAUCCGCAGUUCAGCGGCGAGGUACCAACACGAAUUUUGUUGCAUUGGUGUAAAACGAGCGCAUCGAUUCCGCUGCGAAUAUUUCGCGUCUGUUUGAAACCAUUAGCUCCCGACUUCGACGGAUCCCUCGUCGCGGUGCGUGGCCCGUCCUCCGGUUACCGCGGAAGUUUUACUCGCCUCCACCUCCCCGUUACAGCAGACACUGCCUUUUUAAAGACCGAGACGAAGCGCGGCGCGUAACGAGAACAAUCGGACGAACCUGACGCGUUUUCCGACCAAACAGGGGACGACUAAACGAAGACGCGGCUCGCCGGUCCGAGUUACUCGCCCCCGAGCAAACGUAAUGCCAUCUAUUUGAUUUCCUCUUCGACGGCGAACUGUUACGCCGCGUCAGACAUUUAUACGUUAUGAAUUAUUCGCUCGCCGUUUCACGCGUGUUAGGUCGGCUCUGGCGAUGACACCGAUGCGACUGCAACAAUUAGCACCUGAAGUAUUCGAGCGCACUUUCAAAAAUGAAUGACGUUCGUGCAUCGCUUCUUGACGAAUAAUCGACGUGCACAAUUGGUAAUAAAAAUUAUUUGAGAAUCGGUAUAUUUUGACUUUCACGUUUGGUAGAAUGUAUCCUGUAGGAUCAGUACAUUUUUGUUGUUUAGAAGCUACCCUCUAGCGUAGCGCGUGUUCGCUUCGAUCAUCGUUUACAGAAAAUUUAGAGUAUGAAAGCCAAGUUGUGUGUCUUGGAAUAUUUUUGUAACACACUGUGUGUAUUUUUAAGUGUAGAUAAGGAAGACACUUUUUUGCCGUGUACAAGUAUGAUAAUGGUACAGUGCUAGUCUUAAUUCCUUGUAGUUCGAUGAUUUACUUGCGAAGAGAUUUUCAGUGACAGUUGCAUCGGUGGUCACGCGAGCAUCAACGUCUGACUACGCGUGCUCCGUCGCGUUAUCGACGAACAGUUCGAAGACGCGCCUCUGUUUGUCAGCGCGUACCGACUACAAGCGGAAACGUCGGCUUUCUUCCUUUCGUUGGGGCGGUGGUCGGCCGCGCGCAUACUCUCGCCUACGAUUUUUCUAUUUUCCAUGGGCAUCGCGGCCGGCCGCCGCCUCGCCUGAUUUUAGGCUUCUUCGAGUGCUAUCGUGGAUAGAUUAAAUUAAUCGGCGCUCGUGUCGGAGACGGGAUGUACGGGGUGAAUCGUCUUACGAUCGAACUUGAAGCACCUUCGACGUUUCCGAGGCUUUUGAAAACUUUGCAAGCUGAACAGAACAAAUGUUUGGUUCAGAGGGUUUCGCAUCGUUGCAACAAAGCGGAUUCUUUUUGGGAAUCUUUGUCGGCGACGCAUCGAGCGUCUCCGAUUUGAUUUUUUAUGGUACCGCGUGUGCCUCGUCUCUUCCGGAAUAUUUUGGUUCGUCCGCGUGAACGGAUCCCCGCGAAACUUCUCCCAGAAUCGUGCAAUAGAAAAAUUACUGCAUUGGUGCUAAAAAGACACACGCGGGCGAAACGAACUGGCUGGAGAAUUGAGACGAAGCACGCGUUGUUAGUGGAAACAAAAACUUCAAGGCGUUCGAAAACAGGACUCACCCCGCCCCGGUCUAAUCCUUACUGGAUUGCGUUGGAAUUACUGGCAGUGCUGGAGAAGUAAUAAGAAUUCAGUGGUAUCGUAUUUGGUUGACGCUGGUGUUAACUUUCGAGACCAGAAAAUGUCAGAACUUGAGAAUUUCAGAGUCUUCAGAUAUCAAAGCUUCAUCAUCGAAAAUUCUCGAAAUAUCAAAAUUUAAAAACCUUCAAAUUUGAAGAUACAAACAACUCGAAAUAAUGCCUAUUCUAAGGAUCGACCGUUAGCAACACGAAACUGAGGGAAAGAAUAUCAACUCAUCGAUGAAGUGUAACUGCCUAAAAAUACGCAAACUAUAGCAGAAACUCCGGGAUAUUAUAAACUCCUCGUCACUAUAAUCGUCACAUCACGAAUGAAACCAUUCUAAUGACCUCUUCGAUUGACAUUCGCGUCGUUCGGACGCGGUUCCAUUGAAUUCUGAUGAACAAAUACAGCACGGAUGAUUUCAACGCGGCAAAAUACGUCACGCUUCCGAGUACAGAGAACGUAGACUGGUUGUUUCUAGCUCGACAGUAGCGAGAGUCGAGAAUCGGUCGACGGACGAUCCGAUCGGCGCGUGGCCUGCGUCGAAUCACUCUUAAGCGUCGAACGCACGCGAGAGGAGAGGACACGAUGCGCAAGCCACGAGCAACGUCAAACAAACAAACAAACAAACAAACAAGCAAGCAAGCAAGCAACAGCAGCAACAAGCAGCAGCAAUGCGAUACGCAGCUGAGUCUAUAUGUAAUGAGCCUCUAACACAAAGACUGAUUAGCUAAUCCCAUUUUAUUAACAACCCGUAAUUCGCUGAGUAAGUUUAACGUUAUCGAAACGAAAUGGUAGAAGUUCCAUAUAAUACACACACAUAUAUAUACACAUAUGUGUGUGUACAUAUACAUAUAUACGUAUACAUACAUCCAUACAUUUUAACAUACAUACGUAACAUACAUUACAUAUAUUUUCUCAUCUCUCUGUGAAGGCCAUCCUCCUUCUUUCUUUCCUCUUCUCUCUGUUCCAUCCCUUUUUCCUCGUGCGCCGGUGUAGAUCGCGCAUACUCUUCCCUUUUCGUUUCUUUCUCGCGUCGAUUCGCACACGUCUAUUGUUGCUUCGAAGGAAACCGCGCGGGACGAUUGGAAAUUUCAAGAGUGUUCCCAUAAGAAUGAGUUUUUCAUUGAAAUAGAAGAAAUACAGUUUCCCCAUAAUUUGUUUCAUUUUUUAGCUUUUCUAAAAAAUUUGCUGCAUUUUCUUAACCGUUUGAGUUCCGAGCGACAUGAUCGCGCUUUUUCGUUACACUGUCUAAAAGUGCUAGUCUAUCUGUUCAUAGAAUCAGAUGAUGCUUAUUUAUUUCUUUUCCUUUUAAUUAUUCAUUUUUAUUUUUCUUAUUACCCGCUUAGAACUAGAAAAAUCUAACGAUCGCGCUAUUUAAAAUUUGUUUUUAUAAAAAUAGAAAACCGUAAUUCAAUGUCCGAAUGAAAGCGAAAGAUGCGCGAUCGCGCCGCUUGCCAUUUUUCGACGGGUUUUUGCAAAAACUGGUGGGUUUCAAACGGUUAAUAAUUGUAAGUGAAAGAAAUCCGAAGUUUUCCUUGGUUUAAUAGUACUCUGGUAUUAAAAACAAUCGAUUGAUGAUAGAGAAAUAGUAUUUCAUUUGAACUCCGAAGAAUUGAGCCAUAUUUAAUCUUACUUCCGUUCGAGAUCUUCCUCGCGAGUCUGACACGAUGUUGUAUGGGAAAGGGUUAAUUUCCACCCUCGCACGGUCCAGAGACUAACACGUUAUUCGUUGUAGCAACAUUCACAAGUUUUCACUCGUGGCUUUACGGAAAUCGGAGCAACAGCAGAACCGCAAUCAUCCGCGAGCUGUCCGGUCAAUAGUGACCUAAUACGAAAUACCUGAUCAGUUUGUAACGCUUUACACAUUACUACCCGUACACGUUAGGUCGAAGCAACGAGAAUCGUACAAAGCACGCAGCAGAGAGUCGCCGCGGGUCCGCCAUAAAGUAAAACUGUGACUGGGGUCACUUGCACGCUUCUUAAGCUGAUUACGAUUCACCUGUCAACCGAUCGGGAAACGAGUUAAUUCGUCUUUCGAUCAUUUUUUAUUUUCUUGUUUUAUUGGCAAUUCGUGUUAAUCCUAUGCAAUCAUAUAUAUAUAUGGAGUAUUUUGUAAUUGGUACAAUUGAAAAUAAUCGGCUUAUGUAAAAGGUAUCGAAAGUAUAACAUACAACUUUGUUCGAGUCUAAAGAUUGGAAGUGUAAAGUUGAAUUCAUUCGAAAAUAAGAUUUUCGGUGAUGAGAAUUGAAAAUUAGACCAAAUAUCGACAGGCGAAUCGUGUAAAAUGGCGCGUAGCCCUUGUCAUGGGCGAAUACGGCGACAGGAGCUCCGCGGAAGGGUGGAUUUGCGUGGAUAUUCUUCGAUCGGUUCGCAGGAUACCUUAUUCACGUGCAAAGGUUAUCGGAGAACCUUGAAUUGGGCGAUGAAUGGAAUUGAGUGAUGUCACAUUUACACAUUUAAGAAUCUCGAAACUCCAGUGACACAAAUGUCGAAUGCAAUAUUACAAGACAGCGAAAUUAUUCGGUUAUUUAAAAUUUUCACGUUACUUUAAUUCCAAAUUUUAUAUAAUUCGCUCGCGAAACUUUUCGUUAAAAAACAAAAUUUACAGUAAAAUUGAACUUUUCCAAUGGGCUCAAAGAAUGGAGAAGCAAUUCGACCAUCGGAAUUUCUCAAAACUCCAAAAAUAUCCAUAAAAUAAAUGAAUGGAUCUGUAGUCAAGUUACAGAUGAAGGUUUCUAGAAGUAUUUCCGAACCGUCAUUUUGUCGCCCAGCAAAGAAAACCGGGAAAAGAAUCGCCGUCUCCUCGACUCGAAGCCUCCUCGAAGCGCUCGCGCCUCGUUCGUCGAGUCAAAGUGCCAAGUUCGAGAGUAAUUCUCAUUUCGAUCGUGGAUCAAGAAGACUGCUGCGCGCGAUCUCCUCGCCGAUCACUCACCCUCACCCCCAUCUACCCAAUUCUCGUCGAUCGAUCGGCCAGGUAUGGUCGCCGCGCGAUCGCUCGAGUACUUACAUCGUCUUUGACCACGGCUGAAAGCUUCUUCUAUCCUUCGCAGCUCUCACAGUCUCGCUUAGCGUAAGAUUUAAAGUGGAUCUCCAUGCAACCCUGCCGUGUCCAAACAUUAAUUCGCUGACGACGAGCACGAUACUGACUACGUAUAAAACUGUUACCGAUUCGAGGUAAGGUUGCAUAGAAAUCGAUCUUCAUAACGCUAGAACUACCAGUCCGAAUGAUUGAUUAUAAUCUUUCCUUUCGCAAUUACCAUAAAAUUUCAAUUUAAUACCCUAAACAAUGUUCAACAUUAGUAACAUCACUCAUUCAAUAUUAACAGAUUCGCGACCAGCGUUUCAGCAGCAAUCUUCAUAGUCACUUAAUACCUCAUUACAUGCAACAAAUCGUCUUUAUAAGCUGCAAAUAGGAUUCAAGGCAAACAUCUCGUUGACUGUUCACACAUCAUGCGAAUACAAUUUUAAACAGUAACAUACGCAAAAGUCAUUUUAUUUUCUUCGCCCAGGAUACAAAAUGUUGAAUGUUACGAAUAUUUGACGCUGAUCGCGAACGUUCAAGAAUAAGAGCCAGGAAUGUGCAAAAUUGUGCUGUUAUAAAUUUCGUAAGAAGCACAGACGUCAGUCAUUUCAAAUAGGUAGUUCCAGCGUAGAAUCCCCAUUCGCGGUCCCGAUUGGUGGCUUCGACCUCUGAAGCAGCCAGGACCGCAGCUCCCCAUCGUUCCACGUUUAACUCGUUAGGGGAUGAAGACGGGUCGCGCGGACCGGCUCGGUCGCGCGGUCCAGUUGUUGUAUAUUACGAAAAAACAAUGUGAAGCCUCGCUCGUAAUUCAGAAGUAUUUAGCGUAAACCACGGAUUAACAGUUAACAUUAGACCGUAUGCAUACUUUGUAACGAGGCGCGCGUGAACGGGCUGCGCGGUCCUCGAUAUUCCCUUAGUCCAAGGGGCUAGCGAAACAAUGUCGACUAACGAAUGAACACCGACUGUCUCGGGAGAUGUUUAACCCUUUAACACUUUUAAACGUUAAACGCAGAGCUCUUUUCGCUUUGCUUUUCCAUUUAGACGUCGCUUAAAUGGAAAACUCACGUUUCUACGUAGGCAAGACACAACAGAAAAAGUCUUUUGUCUGCAAUGGUUCAACGAAAUUUCUUGCGAUGGACACGUACAAAUUGUUUCGUACUGUAUGAUUUAUCAAAUAUUAUUCCUUAAAUUUGACACUGACGCAGCGUUUAAUGCGUCAGCUGCGUACGAGUCAGCUCGUUACUACGAGAAUACAUGAGAGUCACGCAUGUAGAUUAAAACGCGACAGAUACGUGCAUUUACUGUGGGCGCGAGUUCACUCGUCACAGUGGACUCGCAGCGCAUUUUCCGCGAGUUAGCUCCACAGUUGAAAGGUUAAACGAUAAACGACACAGGUCUGCUGUUCCUGGACGCUUUCCUCCGCGGCCACCCUGUACACGCGCGCCGUAUGCGUAAGGCAUCGUAAGAUUAACCAGAAGAAAAUGUUUCCUACGAAGCGACGAGUUCUCUCUAUAUCAUGCGAAAUGGCUCGUGGCUACGAGAAAGAAGUUUCUUAGGCCUAUAUAGUUUUGAGAUCGUGUAAUAUAUAUAUAUAUAUUAUAUAUGUGUAUAUUAUAAUAUAUAUACAUAUACAUGCAUGUAUAUUAAGGACCGAAGAAUCAAGUUACGUUAAGGUACGCGUAAGGUGAACGAGAACGAUUGUACGCAAAUCCGCGUGUCGAUGUGUGUACGUGUGUUGUCGGUGUGCUUGGUGUGUAUAAGUGUGAUCGAAUUGUCGCGCGAGUAUCUGUAAAACGACGAGCGCGUGUGCGUUAUGAGCGAAACAGACGACAGCGAUCGAGACAGAAAUUUUCUGAUCGGGAUUAGAAACUUCGUCGAGACAGGGGAUCUUUCUCUCGGAAUCCUGGAUCCUUAAAGGCGGCCACGGAAUCGCUCAUCGAUCGCCGGAGGACGACGAUCCGCGGCGGUGUCGUCGCGCGGCCGUUUAAACGAGUCUUUUUCGAGCGUUAAGCCGCAUUCCCACGCGCGGAGCAUACACAUGAGAGGGAAACAAGAGCCCCGGGCUCUUUCGCUUUCCUCUGCUGUUUCUUCGGCUCGAAAUCGCGAACCAGUCGCGAGAGCCGGCUCCGAAGCUGCUCGAGGCUGUUCGUUAACGGCUUUGCGAGUGCGCACGCGGCUUUACGCAACCGCCAGCUAUCUAUCCCCCGAAUCGCGGCGUGCGCGUCGCGAACCUUUCGCCGGAUAGACGAGAAACCCCAUUCCCCGAUUGUCCUCUCCGAACGCCGAGCGUUUCGUCGCGUUUGUUCAUAGAAGCUACCCUUAAGGCUGAAAUGGGUCGCGUCGAAGACAAACGGACGGCCCGCGAGUGAUACGCGUGUUCGUUCUCGUAAAUGGAUUUUCAUCGAAGAUGACUUUUCCUUAUUUUUCUUUUUCUUAUUUUUCGUUGUUGCUGAGUUGCAAAUUUCUCGUUUUGAUCUUUCGUAAGCGGUUAGGCGUCGCGAGCCAGAAACUCGUGUCCCGUUCCUUCCCCCGAUCCUUUGUUCCUGCGUCCGCCCAACGCAACCUUCUU